AUGACUCCUGUUUUCCUCUUCCUCCUCUUCUUAUCAUUGACGGCCAUUCCUCCAGGUGCAACUGAUGAUGGAGAUCAAACAGACGCAUCUUUGGAUGUCUCUGAGAUCAUUGCAAGAGCCAAUGAGGGCAUAACAACGCCCCUGACCCACGGCGACAUUGUACCAAAUUUAAACAGGAACGCUGACCCCUGCACAGCCAGAGGCUGCAAGUGGCGUAAACGUGGAAGAUACGUCAGAGUUCCCGUCAGUAUCUCCUCCACAUACACCAGUAAUGAGCGCAACAUCAUCAUUAGAGCCCUGUUGACCUUCCAUGAAUCCACCUGCAUUCGCUUUGUGUGGAGGCGCUGGUGGCAUCGGAAUUAUCUCUACUUCUUCUCUGGAUCUGGGUGCUGGUCAUACCUGGGCCGUCAGAGUAGAGGACAGCGCGUCUCCCUGAGGAAAAACGGUUGUUUGUAUAGAGACACGGUACAGCACGAGGUCCUCCACGCUCUCGGUUUCCACCACGAGCAAGUCCGCUCCGACAGGGACCAACACGUCAAUAUCCUCUUCCAGAACAUCCGGCCAGGAGUGGAAUCAAACUUCCAGAAGGUGCAGACUAACAACUUGAACACUCCCUAUGACUUCGAGUCUGUCAUGCAUUACAGCAAGUUUGCCUUCUCCAAAAAUGGGCAGCCAACCAUCGUCGCCAAGAGCGAUCCUAACCUGAACUUUGGACAAGCUACAACCAUGAGCGCUAACGACAUCGCCCGUGUCAACGCGCUUUACCAAUGUAGUAACUGA